GCGAGAGGUGCGCGCGCGCGCGUGCUUCCCCAGGGACAAGACUCCCCCGACAUACCCCGCUGCUUCCGAGCAGCGUCUUCAAGGAGGCGGGACUGGGGGGUCAGAGGGAAGGUCAGCUGAUCUCCAUGGACCUUGUCCCCACUCUGGGCGCCAGGUUGUUGAUCCAGCUAUGGAGACAGCUGCAGCAGGUCUCCAGGAGGCAGCUCCCGUCGCCCUUGGCGUUGGGGUCUCCUUGCAGGAAGUUUGAGUUUAACCCAAAGCUGGGCAUUGAUAAUCCUGUCCUGUCCCUGGCGGAAGACCGUGGCCCCUCUGAUGUCUGGCCCCGCCCGGAGCGGCCCCGCUUCUGCCUGCUGAGCAAGGAGGAGGGCGGGAGCUUUGGCUUCCACCUGCAGCAGGAGCUGGGCGGGGCCCGCCACGUGGUGUGCCGGGUGGAGCCUGGCACCUCCGCCCAGCGGCAGGGUCUGCGCCAAGGAGACCGGAUCCUGGGCGUGAACCGCCACGCGGUGGAGCAGGAAGCCUUGGAGGCGGUGGCGCGCCUCAUCCGGGCCAGCGGCCCGCGGGUGCUGCUGGCGGUGGUGGCGGGGCCGGCGCUCGACGCGGCCCGAGCCCAGCAGGGCGACGGCGCCCUUCUCUGUCCCACCCUCGGCCCCGGGGUCCGGCCCCGGCUGUGCCACAUCGUGAGAGACGAGGGUGGCUUUGGCUUCAGCGUCACCCACGGGGGACCUCCAGAACAUCAAGGCUCUUUCUGGUUGGUGCUGAGUCCUGGAGGAGCCGCCGAGCGGGCAGGGGUGCCCCCGGGGGCCCGGCUGCUGGAGGUGAACGGGGUCGGCGUGGAGACGCUCACGCACAGCCAGCUCAGCAGGCGGCUUUGGCAGAGUGGCGAGCAGGUGACGCUGCUGGUGGCAGCGCCCGAGGUGGAGGAGCAGUGUCGCCAGCGGGGAAUGCCCCUGGCCGCACCCCUGGCAGAGGGCUGGGCCCUGCCCACCAGGCCCCGCUGUCUGCACCUGGAGAAAGGGCCCCAGGGCUUCGGGUUCUUGCUCCGGGAGGAGAAGGGCCUUGGUGGUCGCCUCGGGCAGUUCCUGUGGGAGGUGGACCCAGGGCUGCCGGCCGACAAGGCUGGGAUGCAGGCUGGGGACCGGCUGGUGGCCGUGGCCGGGGAGAGCGUGGAGGGGCUGGGCCACGAGGAGACGGUGUCCAGGAUCCGAGCUCAGGGCUCCCGCGUGGCCCUCACUGUCGUGGACCCCGAGGCUGACCGCUUCUUCAGAAUGGUGCGCUUGUCCCCGCUGCUCUUCCUGGAGAACGCAGAAGCCCCCGCCUCGCCCCAGAGCACCCGCUCGGCCUCCGGGGCUGAGACCGAGGACGCCCCAGGUGCAGACACAGCCCUGCCUCGUGCUCCGCGUGGCUCCCGCCAGUGCUGCUUGUACCCCGGGCCUGGCGGCGGCUAUGGCUUCCGCCUCAGCUACGUGGCCAGCGGGCCUCGCCUCUCCAUCUCCCAGGUGACUCCAGGGAGCUCGGCUGCCCGGGCGGGGCUGCAGCAGGGCGAUGAGAUUCUGGAGGUGAACGGGCGCCCUGUGGACGGAGAGGACGAUGUGGACAGGCUCCACCAGCUGGCCGAGGCCGAGCCACCGCUGUGCCUGAAGCUGGGGGCCAGGUCUCCGCGGGGCUGGAGUGGGCUGUAGCCUCGGAUCUGGCGGAGCGCUCCCCUCCUCGGCCCAGGCCAGGCCAGUAGGUAGCUUCCCUGCCUUCCCGCUCCAGCGGGGCGGGUGGGAGCUGGAGCUCUGGACGCUGGAAACAGUCACAGGCUGCCCAGCCUCCCUGCCUUCCCAGCCCAUCUCCCAGAGGAGGGUGUGGUCAGAGGCCUGCGGUGGCCCACCCGGCUGCUCCCCUCGGACUCCAGAGGAAGCUAUGCGGGAACCCAGGACGCUGUGCCCCAGGAUGAAGUUCUGCCUGCGAUGAGUGCUGUGAUUUUGCGAUUUGUAAAACAAAAUACAUAUUUGGUCUUCAGACGCUUCCUGGCACAGAGCUCCUACAACCCUUGGAAUUUCCUCGGCAAUUAGAGCAACCAAGGGGUCUUUUGUGAUUCAUAAAGUGCUUCUUGCAACCUAAUUUUGUUAAUGAGGUGACUUUUGGAAGCCUCUAAGGAUGGGGAGGGAAUGGUUGCCAGGGGAACCAAUGGGGUUGAAACUUUCUGCCCUAUCCCCCUCCUUACCCUCCCUCCUGGGCUCUUGGGAGGGGAGAGGGGCUAGAGCGUUAAUGAACCCCCAGUGAUGUCAUCAGUCAUGCUGCUGUGAUGAAGCCUCCAUAAAAACCCAAAACACGUGGAGGUGCCCGGAGGGGAGGGGGUGUCCAUGGCCAGGGCAGGCACUCUCGUGCUCAUGCCCACUCCAGGCGGCUCUACCUUCGGGCUGUUUCUGAAUUGUACCCUGUAUAAUAAACUGUAGACUGUU